AUGCUGCUGUUGCUAGCCUACCAGUCGAUGCAGGUCGUAUCCGCGAAGCUAUCGCUCAACAAAUACGGCAAUUUGGUAGCAUUUUUUUUUUUAUUCUGUGAGGAAAUGGCCGCGGUUGUCCAUGGACUACUCAGUAUGGAUAAGCUGACAAGUCGAAUUAUUCGUGAGAAACUCAAAGAAACAUUUCAUGCAGAUUUCUCAGCCCAUAAAGCAAUAAUUGACAAAAUUACCAUGGAGGUGGUGGAGGAUGGCGAGAAAGGAGAGGAGCAGGAAAAGUCAGAAGCAACAGACGAAGGAGAAGCAGCAGCAAAAACGGGCGAGUCCAGCUCCGAAUCGGACAAUGUUUUCACGGACCGAGCACCGAGAAAGAGAGCUGGUGCCUCAAGAAAAGGUGCUAAGGUGCGCAUUAUCAGAACACUCUUAAGCCUUUUUAUUGAGAAGAAUGAAUGA